CCGAUUCAAGGAAGUGAACAAUUAUUGCAUUGUUGCAGAUUAAUGGAAGUGAAAAUGAUAGAAUAACAUCAUUUUCAUUGUUGCAUAUUCAAAGAAGCGAAAAUGAUAAUAUAAAAAUAAUAACAUUGUUACAUAUUCAGAUUCAAUAGCAGAAUCCAUGAAAACCAUGACGCUGAAUUUUCUGAUCAAACACCGUUCAAGUGGGAAAUUCUUCCAUCCAACUGGGGGCGGCCCUCAUCCCGAAAAUGGCACAAAAAUUGUUCUGCAUCAAGAUAUACACGAACACAUGCACUGGACAUUCGAGAAAGUGACUGGUCAUUGGGGAUACAUCAAACACGUAUCUAGCGGAAAGAUCAUCCAUCCAGAACACGGAAGUCUUAAUCCUGGAAAUGGCACAAAGCUGGUACUUCACAGCGAUCGACACUGGGCAGCUCUGUUUGCUCUUGACAGUGCAAAUGAUUAUGUCAUACACAAAGGCGGAAGGUACGCUCAUCCCGUAGGUGGCAGUCCAAAUCCAAGCAAGGGGACAACUGUUGUGCUGCAUUCAGGUGUACAUGACGCCAUGAGAUUCCAGUUCGUGUCAACCAGUGAUCGAAAUGAAGAAGUUCUCGUUUAUGGAAAUCCAACAAUGGUUGGAAAAUGGAAAAUGCUCUAUAUGGUCCUCAAUCCCAUCGCAGAACACGUGGAGCAACUGCAAAUGAAGAUUGGGAAGUCAGCAACUGAGAGUGUGACCGGUUCUUUCAAGUACAAAUGGGAGAGAUCAGGGGGUUUGGAAAUUGGAAUAGUAAAAGCCUCGGCUUCCGAAUCAUUCAAGGCGAUGUUUGAAAAGACAGCAUCAGCCACGUGGUCCAGCGAAACAACACGCACAAGCGAAAUACGAGUGAUACCCGGUAAAUCAGUGGUUACAUGGCAGUUCGUGUUUGACGUACAGCAAGGCGAAUCUAGGUCGGUUUUUCAGAGUGACCUCUUUGAAGAUACAGACAGCGAAACUAAAGAACCAGAGGCUCUACAAUACAAACGCUAAUGUGCAGUUGAAAUUAACAAUCUAUGGACUUAAAAUGACAGAUAAUAAUUGAAAUUAUGAUACAAUUGUGCAGGAUAUUACAUUUUAUUUAUAGCAUAAAAAACUUAGAAUAAACUGUGCAAGUAAAAAUAACAGCACUUACAGAAUGAUAUAUAAUACGCAAUAUGACUUUUCUAUAAUGGUAAAUAAGCUUACAGGGAUGUUAAGUUUUUUCAAGACAUAGUAUAAUAGUUUAUGUGUAAUAUCACUCAGUGAGUUGAAAGAAACAAUAAAGAAAUAAUGCUUCGA